AUGGCUACUUUCUGCGCCGUCUAUCGCGAUCGCCGCUAUCCGCUGCGAUGUCCCGUGAGCCGCGCCCGCGAGCUCGAAUUUCUGCUCACCUCGUUGCAUCAGCGGGACAGCGUGGUGCGGGGACAGUUGCUCUAUGGCCAGUUUGCUGCCAUCAUGGAUGCGCUCGGCUAUGUCGUCUCCACUAGCACACCGCCACCGGAAACCACUCUGAUCCAGAUUCGACGUCUUUACCGCGGUCACAGCUUUUCUCUCCAAGUGCCACUGCCAGCAUUCUUCCACUGCACACUGGCGAUUGAGGAAUUGCUCGCGGAACCCGCAGUUCGGGGCCAGCAGGUGGACGUUGCUGACCUUCGCUCGCGUUUUCAGCGUCUCAUUGUCCCAUGCUCGGCCUACUUACCUGCAUUCUUUGCAUGGAACCGGUUUUGGAGCAUCCCUUCAAACAUUGCCCGGCCGUAUGACGAAUUCACCCGUCUGGCACAAACGCUGAGUGGUGCAGAAUCCGUUUGCGGCCCACGUGCCUCCCGCCGAAGCUUCGAACGAAUAUGGAGCACCUGUUUGCAGCUGUGUGAUCCCACACCUUCGCAACUACAACUCUCUUGUCGGCUUCAUGGUCGCGAUUGGCGCAUGGUUGUUGAUCGCGCGAAUGCACUAGCUGCUCGCCUAGCCAUAGAAUCACUCCUGCAAAACCCGCCAGUGGACAAAGCCGCCAUGCAAGUGGCGUGGUGCCAGUGCUGCUCCGAUGCUGACGCCGCUGUUGCGAUACAUAUCCCUGAUGUCGCUGCCUUUGUGUCCCUCGAGCGGAACUACAGCAAUGCGCCUGCUGCCCACGAGCCAUUGCAUUUUGCCACUGAUGGUGUGCCCAACGACAGUCUCGCUAUGCUGCAUUCUGGCUCUCCAGCUCCCCGCGCUCCAUACUGGUGCCGCUUCUGCGAUACAGCAUACCUCACAGACAGUGCUUGGCAAGAACACCUCUUAGAGCAUGGAGGCUUGUGCGCCUACCGUGCCAGCUUAUUGCAUGCGGCUGGAUCCUCCUGGCCUGCUCCGAUCCAGCCUCGCAUCCUCCGGCACAUCGUCGAGGGGUAUGCUGCCCGCUUCCACCAGACAGUCAGCACCCGAGAAUCUCUUUGUGCAUGCUGUGCGACAGGCAGCCGCACAGUUGACGUCGCAGACGUGGAUCUUCGCGAUCUGGCAGAUUUGUCCCAGUUGGAUGCCUUGUUCUCCGCACGUGCCUACUUGCUUCGCCUUCAGGCCAGCUAUCCUGUCGACAACACCAGUUUCGUUGGCAUUCCUUGGCCCGUGCUUCGCGCCGUCUGUGUGCCUGUGCCGCACAUGCAACAACAUGGUCCUAUUGCUGCUCCACGAGAUCCGGAUGACGGCUGGCUCCUGCACGUCCGUGGUACUUAUGUGUCGGAGUGGGCUCAUGCUGCCAACACCACGCACUUACCUCUCGUGUUGCCGCUUUGCGCCCAGUGCGUUGCUCAUCUUCAGCGUCACAAUCCAAGACUGCCACCCGCUGCCCUCGCCAAUGGCAACUUAGCACUUCCCAUACCUGGCGAACUUCAAGGCUUGACUCUUGCAGAUGAAUUGUUUCUAGCGCGCGGCUACACUGUGCACCGCCUCCAAACCAUGCCUGGCCCGACAGCUCCCACUGACCGGCAAAGUGCACUACGCGGGAAUACGAUCAGCUUCCCGCAGAACAGUGCCACAGUCUUUGAGUCCUUGCCUCGCUCCAUUGCCGCGGCUUCUGACGUGCUGACCGUGCUCUUCCCAGACGAAAGCUUGCAGAACCUCGCUGCCUGCCCGGAAUAUAUGGUUUCUCGGGCCCGCGUGCACCAGGCUUUGCUGUGGCUGGUGCGUCACAACCCUUUCUAUGCUGAUGUUCUGGUUGAUGCUGACGCCCUUGCAUCCCUCCCAGCCGAUGGUCCGUUGCCUGGCGUUGGUGUUCGUGCGGCCGCUGCCGAUGUUGGCCUUGCUGUUGGUCCCGCUGAUGCACAACAAGAAGGGCCCACUGUCGCAGGCAUGCCGUUGAACGCCGCAGUCUUGGACACUGAAGGCGAGGGGCUGCUACCCCGUGAUCUGCGGCAAGAAGCUUUGUCUCCUGGAUCUGAGCCUGAGCAUCCUGUUGUGGUACUACCCCAUGGAGCGACCCCGCUGAGCACCUUUGAUGUUGCCUACUGGACAUGGUGUUUUCCGCUGCUCUUCCCUUACGGGGACUGCCUGCCUGCUACUGCACGGCUGACUCCGUUUUCUUUGAAAGCAUGGUCCAAGCACCUGCUCCUGCGUCGCGACCGGCUCGGCUCUGAACGUCCUUGGGCAGAAGAUAUCCACUUUCUUGCAACCCUCUUCAGUGUGCUUCAUCGCAAAGACCUUCUCCAAGCUGUUCGUGCGAAGAUCUCUGCUCCAGGUUUUGCGCGCCAAGCCCAUGACUUUGGCCGCGUCACUACCACAGACUUUGACUUGCUGGCGCACGUCCUUGGAGAGACUGGCACCGUUCGCAAUGCAUUGCGCAACGCUGCAAUUCCCCCACAUUUGAAAGUCGUGCUGAAAAACAUGCAGUUGGUCGCUCGCUCCGUACCGUGCACUGACGCAUUUCGCGACGGCAUGCGUCACCAGGUUCGAGCAUUGCAGCUAUGGCAGGGCCUGCCUGCUAUGUUUGUUACCCUCAACCCUGCCGACGUGAAACACCCUUUUACGCUGCAAUAUGCCCAUUCUGGUUGCUUGGUACCGCCGGAUGAGGUUGAUCCAGAUGGUGCUUUGCGAAGCGCAUUGGCAGCCGCUAAUCUGGCACAUAUUGUCGCAACCAAUCCCAUUGCAACAGCACAAGCCUUCCAUCAACACAUCGUGUUCUUCUUUGAGGAGCUGCUUGACAUUGCUGUUUCCCCAGAUGCAACCUUUCCAGACGGCCUUGCUACGCGCUUCGGUGGCGGUAUUUUUGGCCCUGUCAGCGCUGUGUAUGCCGUCACGGAGCCCCAGAUGAGAGGUAGCUUGCACUUGCACAUGCUCAUCCACCUGUAUGGCUUCCAUACCGCUGCUGCGCUCCUAGAUCGUUUCCGUGCCAGCCUUCCAUGCCUAGCUUCCCGUCUGCUCCGCUGGAGCGAAAGCGUCAUGCUGACAGCUUUGGAACCAUUGCCAUCGGUCUUGCAAGUGCCAGCUGCCAUGGACACUUUCCGUGGCCUGCAGCCGCUCCCAUUGCCAGACAAGCAGCGUACGUUGCUGCAGGAAUAUGUGGGCGCUACAUGGGAUUUUGACACCUUCUCCACGCAUUGGUGCCCUGCUGCCGAGGACCCGCUGCCAACUACGCCUCCAUGGCUUGACCUCUUCCAUGAUGCUGCUAACUCGUUGUCUUCCUUUCUGCCAUGGCCGCGCGCACAGUUGUACCUGCCGCCUCCUGCGCACACAGCAGAUGUUUGGACAAAGAUGCUCCUCUUUGACUUGCGACAUGCGGCAUUGCAUUCCUGCUUGCAUGAAUGUCGCCCAAAGACUUGCCACAAAGGUAAGUUGGGACGCCAUGGUUUUUGCAGGUUGGGCUUCUGGCAUUGGCGUGAUGUCAGUGCAUGGGUCGAAGCGGAUACCUGGCAACGAUGCCAUGGAAAGGAACUCCGCGCCCGCUGCUCCAUUGGCCACAGUCCAAACAAUGUGGGUAUCCUUGCUUGUUGCCGCUGCAACCAUGAUGUUUCCCUUCUAGUUCGCGGUCCUGCCACCGACAUGGUCGCUGACACCAGCAUAGCCUCGCUCGCAAGCCAGAUGUCUGAAGCAACCAAGCGUGCAACCCAUUAUAUCACAACCUACAUGACCAAAACCCAACCGCACCUGACCAACUUAUGGCUUCUUCUUCGUCGCGGCUUGGAUGAGUUGCACACCGAACUCACGGAGCACAGCAAUCCCCUGGAGCCGCGGUAUGUCGCCUCUCGUUCCAUCAUGCGAAUGCUCACUGCCUCUGAACGACGUCGUCACAAAUCCAUGGCUGAAAUCUGUCACUACCUUCUCGAUCACCCAGAAGCAUACACAAAUGCCCGCUUUCGCAAGUUGUUCACCACGAACCUGGUCCAUCGCGCCCUGACCAACAUCCCGGUCCCGAGCUUGCAAGACAUGGAGCCCGAAAGCGCCUUCUGGUUUCGCCGCCCAGAUGCUGCCGAACCCAACGGUGACCUUGACCAUGCUGACGCCACCCCUGAGCAUGUCGAUCUCGUUCCUGGCCACCAAGAAACAGAUUAUCUCCUUCGCGGCGCUGCCUUAGCCGAUUGGCCGCUGUACUUCUAUGUUGCGGCCGUUGACCGCUGCGGUGGCUUGCGCCUCACCGACGAGUGUGCGCACGCUGCAUUUGACCCUGCUCACCCUGAUGCUGGUCGUAUGGUGCAGCGCAUCCGCCUUUGCAAGGCAUGGUUCGUUCCCCAGCUGGCAGGCAUCUCGUUGCCUGCUCCUGACAAAGACAUCGCGCUUUUCAGCCUUCUCAUGCUCCUGCUCCUGAAACCUUGGUCUUCCGCAGACAUGUCAGAUUUGUUGCUCGUGGAUGGUGUUCAACAUGAUUCGUGGGCUGCAGCCCUGCUUGCUUUCAGAACCCAGCUUUCUGAAUUUGCGCCAGCCGCCGGUGUUCGCGCCGCGCCUUUCACGCAUGAGUAUUGGGCGCAACGUUCCCUGGCAUGGUUACUCGCCCCCUAUAGCUUUUCCAUUUCAUUGUUACCUUUUGUCCCAGGCCAGUUUCCUAUCUUAGGCUCGUUGCACAUCUUGGAGCAUGCCGACGCCAUUCUUUGUCAUCCUCCUUUGAUUAACGAGCUAGCUGCCCCAGGGCAUGUGUUGCAGACAAGCGGUGACCUCACCUACAAUGGCCCUGCUUCCGACGAUGAAACUGCAACUGAUGACAGCUACGCGGCAGAUGAUCCUGACGAGCUACGUUUCCUUGACGUGGCGCCCGAACGCUGCUUCCCGCUGCAAUGGGACAGCUUGGCAGCUGGUGCCAGGACCCAGCAGAUAUCAUGUGCUACCUCAUCUCAAGCCUCUUACGCGCUGUCCGUUGACCAGGCCUUGCUCCAUCUUCAAUCUCCAGACCACAGUGCACUUCCAAACUGCCCGCAGACUUCCCACUUGGCAGCGGCAUCCGUUACCCAGCUACGCCGUGAUGCACGGCAUUGGCUCCAGCUCGCUGACGUUGAUGGAACUGAUGACGGUGACUGCUUCCUUCCAGGCCCAUCACCAGCGCCAUGCCCCUCCAAUGCCUUGCCAUCGAUCGACGCCUUGGAUCUCGUUGAGCAACACAUCCUCCGCGGCCAUUGUGCCCAGCGUGACGGCGGGCUGAACUGCAAGCAAGCUAUGUUCCUCGUCACCUUUGCCCUCAACCUGCAAGAUCGCCUCGAUGCAAAACGCCAUGGCGCUUUCGAGGUCCCAGCUCCCGAGCAACUCCUUCUAUUGGGGGGGCCCGGCACUGGCAAAUCACAUGUUCUCCAAUAUGCAUUGAGUUUGGAAGAACGUUUCAACCCUGGAAGCGUCCGCCGCUGUGCGUUUACCAAUGCUGCCGCGCGCCUUAUCGAUGGCCGCACACUUCACUCUGCACUGGCCCUCAACGCAGACGUGGACAAGCCUGCAGCCACUGCUCGCAAGGAUGCACUCCUCGCUGCUUGGCGUGCAGCUGGUCUUCUUGCCAUAGAUGAGGUUUCCAUGGUGUCCGCCGAACUUCUGAGCGGCACAGAGCUACGCGCGCAGCAACUCAAGGCCGCACCGGGCAUUCCUUGGGGGGGCUUGACCGUGUUGCUCAGCGGCGACUUUCUGCAAUUGUUGCCCGUCAAAGCCACUUCCUUACUGUUGCCAGCCUCUGCGGCAGCCCCUGAACAUGCAACUCCGGCUGCUCGUGCUCGCCACAAAGAUGCUGUUCGGGGCCUUGCACUGUGGCAGAACAUCACCACUUGCGUCGUCCUUGAUUACACCCACCGCACCUCCGGGUCCCUUCAAGAGUUCCUGGCUGCAAUGCGCAAUGGAUAUGUACCCGACCGACUUUGGCGUCUGCUUCUGGAUCGCACGUUGCGACAGUCUGACCACCGGCUGAAGGAUCCCGUUUUUUGGAACCCUGAUGCUUGCUUUGGUGUCCUCCGUCAUGCUGCCCGCAUCCUCAUCGGCUUGCAACGUGCGAAAGCAAUGAGCCGCGUAGCCGGACAUCGGCUUCUUGUUUGUGCUGCUGCGGACCGGUGCUGGUCCGCCGAUCAUCGUCCAGUUGUAGACCCUUCGAUCUUGCAAUAUUUGCUGCACAUUGCGUCGCUGAACACAACCCGCAAUUUUCCGGGCUACCUCUUCUUGUUCCCAGGUACAGUGCUAUGUUUGGAAACCAACGUCUCGCAGCAAUAUGGCCUCGUGCGUGGUUGCCGUGUUGAGGUCGUUGACAUCUUGCUGCACGAGCUCGAACCCGUGCCGCAGUACGAGCCGGAUCUCGAACCGUACCUCCUCCGCUACCUGCCACGUGGCAUUAUCGUGCGAGCCGUUGAUGCCACCUUCCAACAAAGUCCCUUGCUGCAGCCAGGCGAAUUGUUCUUGGAGCCAACCACACGUGACUGGUCGCUUCCGCACCUUCCGACCGAACAGAUCCCAGGCAUCGACCCGGCCAUUUUGCCUGCUGUCACCGCUGGGCCACUUCGUGUUGCUCGGCGACAGCUGCCCUGCACCAACACAUUCGCCUGCACAGCAUACAACCUACAAGGUCGCACAUUGCCGGCAAUGAUCGCGGAUCUUGCCUUGCCGCCUCGAAUGAGUUCGGACGAAUAUUGGCUCUCUAUUUACGUGCUGCUAUCCCGCCUGCCGUCACUGGAUUGCUUGCUCCUUCUGCGGGCCCCUGACCGUGCAGCGCUAUCUGCAGGGCCACCGGCAGCUUUGCUUGCAGCCUUGUCACGCUUCGAAGACCUGCAGCAAGCAACGUUGAUGCGCGUCGACCGUCUCCUUGCUGCGCGGCGCCGGCAUGGGCUCCGUGCCUUAGUGACGCAGCGCUUGCUGCAAGCCUCUGCUCCCCCGCCAGACGCGAAGCGCCCGCGACUUUGA